AGCAGCAGCCGCCUGGCCGAGGUGUCGGCGCCGCCCGCGCAGGGCCAACCGAUGACCCAGCGCGCCUUGUCUGUAUUGGUGUUGGCCAGCGCUGCCCUCAUCGUCUACUUCGUGAUCCGGACCGUGCGGCUCAGAAGGCGAAACAGAAAAACACGAAGAUAUGGAGUUUUGGAUACAAACAUAGAAAACAUGGAGCUGACCCCAUUAGAGCAAGAUAAUGAUGAUGACGAUACAACUCUAUUUGAUGCUAAUCAUCCUCGAAGAGAAGUACAUGCCUUUCAGUGAAAGAACUUAAUCUUAGAACCAGAGAAGGAGACUACUUCGUGGGAGGAAUAAGAAGCAAGAGGGUAUGCAAGUUGGGGGGACUAAUUUAAUUUAUGUAUAUUAUGGCAUCCUUAAUUUGUUGCAAUAAAUACUGUAUCAAUUUGUUGUACCUUUUUGUAUAUAGACGGCUCUAAAUGUACAGCCUAGGGAGUGAGAGUGCACUAAAAUGAAAACCUGUUUGGAAGGGAGAUUUCUUUUAAAACAGGGUAUUUUUUGCUUGUUAUGAAUCUUGUAUGCCAUAAGUGUGGUAUACACUUUUUCUACAGUAAUCUGGAAUGUUAAUUUUUUUUUUUGCUGAUA